AUUUGAUUAAAAUAACAUUACAAAUUCAACAUGUUUGACUUAGAUCCAAUAGAAACACCAUUUUAGUAUGAGUUUAUCAAAUCAAACUCACCGAUUGCCACAACUAUCUAUUAAGGAUGAAUAGAAAAUUCUGUAAGAUGAAAUGAAUAGCAAUUGUGAGGAGAAAUUAAAGUAUUUAGGUAAAUAGAAUAACUAUUAUUGUUGUUUGGGUUCUGAUUAGCAGUUUUGCUUAGUUUGGGUAUAUUAUUGUGAAGAAGCGAGAGGUUUAGGAGAGUCUUAAGAGAAAAAGAAGGAUUAUUUUUAUAGUUUUGAGAAGGAAAAAGGAUUAGUUUGGAGAGAGGAUAGCGAUUAAAAUUGA